GGAUCCUCGCUGUAGGGGGCCAUUAAGUGUUCAUCGUUAAGAGAAUGAUGCUACCCAGUGUACCCUGGAGGCUGAGGCAGGAGGAUUCUAAGUUCAAGGCUAUCCUGUGCUACGUAGAGCCUGUCUCAAAAAAAAAAAAGUGUUAGCCAGUGUGAUGACUCAUGUGCAGGUUUGAAGUGUUGUUUACUUCUGGGAGUCCCUGAGUGGGAGAAUUGGCUGGAUUCAUUGCAUUAAUUGAACAGUGAUUGGGGUGUAGCAGUCAGUGUGGAGAGUAAGGUUAGGGGAGUCAGUGAAGAGCCAUUAUCACAGAUUGGGGGAGAGAAGGCGGGAUGAGUGAGCUACACUGAGAACGGCCUCCGGCAGCAGAUGGAAGACUGGUGUCAGAAUAAGGAAUAUGUCAGAAACAUUCAACUCGCCUGCGGAAGGAAGUGGGAAGCAGGCAGAGAGGCCCACGCUAGUGAUCCCAACAUUUGGGAGACUGAGGGAGGACGAUCGCCCUGAGUUUGAGGCCAGCCUGAGCUACAGAGUGAGACACUGCCUCCAAACAACGGGGGAAGAGUAGGCAGGGAGGCGUGGGACGGAACUUCACUUUUGAAGGAAUCAACAGUAGCCUUCCUUGGAGAACUGCUUCUUCUAUUUGCUGCCUGGAGUUAACAUUGUUUCCUGCUGGCAGAAUCAGGGACAUGCCAGCACUAGCGGGAUGAGUGGGUGUUCCGGCGGGGAUGUGGUCAUUGACGGCCAAUGAGGACGAGAGCAGUGCGGCCCACUUCUUCCUCGGAGCUGGAGAUGAGGGCUUGGGCACCUGUGGAAUAGGCAUGAGGAUGGAAGAGUGUGACAGUGAGCUCCUUGAGGACGAGGAGGAUGAAGUGCCUCCAGAACCUCAGAUUAUUGUUGGCAUCUGUGCCAUGACCAAGAAAUCCAAGUCCAAGCCGAUGACUCAAAUCCUAGAACGACUCUGCAGGUUUGACUACCUGACUGUCGUCAUCCUGGGAGAAGAUGUCAUCCUCAACGAGCCCGUGGAGAACUGGCCGUCCUGCCACUGUCUCAUUUCUUUCCACUCCAAAGGCUUUCCUCUGGACAAAGCUGUUGCUUACUCCAAGCUUCGAAACCCCUUCCUUAUCAAUGAUCUGGCCAUGCAGUAUUACAUCCAAGAUAGGAGGGAGGUGUACCGGAUCCUGCAGGAGGAGGGUAUUGAUCUGCCAAGAUAUGCCGUGCUCAACCGUGAUCCCGCCUGUCCUGAGGAGUGCAGCCUGAUAGAAGGUGAAGACCAGGUGGAGGUCAAUGGAGCUGUCUUUCCCAAGCCCUUUGUGGAGAAGCCAGUGAGUGCAGAGGACCAUAAUGUCUAUAUCUACUACCCCAGCUCUGCUGGAGGAGGAAGCCAGCGCCUCUUUCGUAAGAUCGGCAGUCGGAGCAGUGUUUACUCUCCUGAGAGCAGUGUCCGGAAGACAGGAUCAUACAUCUAUGAGGAGUUUAUGCCAACAGAUGGCACAGAUGUUAAGGUGUAUACAGUGGGGCCCGACUAUGCUCAUGCUGAAGCUAGAAAGUCUCCAGCUUUGGAUGGGAAGGUUGAACGGGACAGUGAGGGGAAAGAGGUGCGCUAUCCAGUCAUGCUGACCGCCAUGGAAAAGCUGGUAGCCAGGAAAGUCUGCGUAGCUUUUAAGCAAACAGUCUGUGGAUUUGACCUUCUUCGUGCCAACGGUCACUCGUUCGUGUGUGACGUCAAUGGCUUUAGCUUUGUCAAGAACUCGAUGAAAUAUUAUGAUGAUUGUGCCAAGAUUCUGGGGAACACCAUUAUGCGGGAGCUUGCCCCACAGUUCCAGAUCCCAUGGUCCAUCCCCACAGAAGCCGAGGACAUUCCCAUCGUCCCUACCACAUCUGGCACUAUGAUGGAGCUCCGCUGUGUCAUCGCAAUUAUCCGUCAUGGAGAUCGAACUCCAAAGCAGAAGAUGAAGAUGGAAGUGACCCACCCGAGGUUUUUUGCUCUCUUUGAAAAACAUGGUGGAUACAAGACAGGAAAGUUAAAACUUAAGCGACCUGAGCAGCUCCAGGAGGUACUGGACAUUACGAGGCUCCUGUUAGCCGAACUGGAGAAAGAACCAGGCAUUGAGAUCGAGGAGAAGACCGGGAAGCUGGAGCAGCUGAAGUCCGUGCUGGAGAUGUAUGGCCACUUCUCGGGUAUUAAUCGGAAGGUGCAGCUGACUUACUACCCCCACGGAGUGAAAGCUUCAAAUGAGGGCCAAGAUACACAGAGAGAAGCCCUGGCUCCCUCUCUCCUGCUGGUACUGAAGUGGGGUGGAGAGCUGACUCCUGAUGGCCGUGUGCAGGCCGAGGAGCUGGGGCGAGCUUUUCGCUGCAUGUACCCUGGAGGCCAGGGUGACUAUGCUGGCUUCCCUGGCUGUGGGCUGCUUCGUCUCCAUAGCACUUUCCGUCAUGACCUCAAGAUCUACGCAUCUGAUGAGGGUCGCGUGCAGAUGACUGCUGCUGCCUUUGCGAAGGGCCUCCUGGCUCUAGAAGGGGAGCUGACACCCAUUCUGGUGCAAAUGGUGAAGAGCGCCAACAUGAACGGGCUGCUGGACAGCGACAGUGACUCCCUGAGCAGCUGCCAGCACCGCGUCAAGGCAAGGCUGCACCACAUUUUGCAGCAGGAUGCACCCUUUGGCCCUGAGGACUAUGACCAGCUGGCUCCUACCGGAAGCACUUCUCUCCUCAACUCCAUGUCUAUCAUCCAGAAUCCUGUCAAAGUCUGUAAUCAGGUGUUUUCCCUGAUUGAAAACCUAACCCACCAGAUUCGGGAACGGAUGCAGGACCCCAGCUCUGUAGACCUGCAGCUCUACCACAGUGAGACACUAGAGCUAAUGCUGCAGCGUUGGAGCAAACUAGAGCGCGACUUCCGGCACAAGAGCGGGCGCUAUGACAUCAGCAAGAUCCCUGAUAUCUACGACUGCGUCAAGUACGAUGUACAACAUAAUGGGAGUCUGGGCCUCCAGGGCACAGCCGAGUUGCUGCAUCUUUCAAAAGCUCUGGCCGAUGUAGUCAUUCCCCAGGAGUAUGGAAUCAGUCGGGAGGAGAAAAUGGAAAUUGCUGUGGGCUUCUGUCUUCCCCUUCUGCGCAAAAUCCUGCUUGACCUGCAGAGAACCCACGAGGAUGAGUCUGUCAACAAGCUGCAUCCCCUGUACUCCCGUGGAGUGCUCUCUCCAGGGCGCCAUGUUCGAACACGUCUGUAUUUCACCAGUGAAAGUCACGUUCACUCCCUACUCAGUGUCUUCCGUUAUGGGGGACUUCUUGACGAGACCCAGGAUGCACAAUGGCAGCGAGCUUUGGCUUAUCUUAGUGCCAUCUCAGAGCUCAACUACAUGACCCAGAUUGUUAUCAUGCUUUAUGAGGACAACACACGGGACCCAUUGUCGGAGGAGCGGUUCCAUGUGGAGCUCCACUUCAGCCCUGGGGUGAAGGGUAUUGAAGAAGGCAGUGCCCCAGCUGGCUGUGGAUUCCGCCCAGCUUCUUCAGAGAAUGAGGAGAUGAAAGCAGAUCAAGGCAGCAUAGAGAACCUGUGCCCAGGGAAGGCCUCAGACGAACCAGACCGAGCAUUGCAGACCUCUCCCCUACCUGUCGAGGGCACUGGCCUCCCAAGGAGGUCACCCCUCAUUCGGAAUCGAAAAGCUGGCUCCAUGGAGGUCAUGAACAUGCAGUGCACGGGGAACCUGGACCUGAUCCCCUUGAGGGGACGGCGCCGCAGGAGGUCAGGAGACCUCCCCCGGCUUUCCCCAGCCAUCGGCCUACAGCCCCGGGCUGUGUCCACCACUCACCUGGCUUCCUGCACACAGGUGCUGUCUGAAACUUCAUCUUCAAGGCCCGGUGGCUACCGGCUGUUUUCAUCUUCGCGUCCCCCAACAGAGAUGAAGCAGAGUGGCCUAGGCUCACAGUGCACAGGGCUGUUCAGCACCACAGUGCUGGGCGGCUCCUCCAGCGCUCCGAAUCUUCAGGACUACGCCCGCAGCCAUGGCAAAAAACUCCCGCCUGCCAGUCUAAAGCACCGAGAUGAGCUCUUGUUUGUCCCGGCCGUAAAACGAUUUUCUGUGUCGUUUGCAAAGCAUCCGACUAACGAGCUGCUGGAUGACCAGCACCCUGUGGUCCGGCUGCUGCGCACUUUGUCCUCUGACUGCCCAAGGGGCUGCCCAGUUUCCUUGGACGCCACGCUGGCGCAUCACCUGCGCCAGUGCUCCUACCACCUGCGCCUCUUCCGGAACUGGCUGCGCUCAGGCCAGGAUGACCCCGAGUGCCUCUACGGAUUUGAAGGGUGCUCCAUGGUCCCUACCAUCUACCCCCUGGAAACACUACACAAUGCCCUUUCCCUGCGUCAAGUGAGUGAGUUCUUGACUAAAGUCUGCCAGCACCACACUGAUGCCCAUGCACAGGCAUCUGCAGCCCUCUUUGACUCUUUGCACAACCCGGCCUCAGAUAGCCCGUUUUCCCCACCCCGGACUCUUCACUCGCCACCACUGCAACUCCGGCAUCGCUCUGAAAAGCCACCUUGGUACAGCAGUGGUCCUUCCAGCACCGUGUCCAGUGCUGGCCCUUCCUCUCCUACUGCAGCGGAUGGAAACUCACAUUUUGGCUUCAGUGAUCAGUCCUCUGUAAAUACACAUAUGACUGAAGAAAGCCAAGGCCUUGGGCUGCUCCAGGAGUCUCCUGGAGACAGAACACAAGAAUUCCCCGUAGAAAGACCCCAAGAGCUUGUGGAGCCCAAUCAGCCUCCUCAGGAGUCACCUGUGGAAACCAGCCCUCUAGGAGGCCAGGAUGUUGCUGAGGUCAGCCAGGUAUGCCAGGAGGUCCCAGAUGCCACCCAGACACGCUCUAACAUCCUUGAAGAAGUCCCUGACAUCAGCCAGCUGUUGCUAAAGAACCAUGACACUGCCACCAGCACAUGUCAGCCAUGGCAGGCCAGCCAACUGUCUCACAAGGCUUAUGAGGAAGUCAGCCAGCUUUGUCAAGACAACCCUGAGGAGUGUAACCAGCUGUGCCAGGAGGUCCCUGUGGAGCUGGGCAGGAUGGCCCAUGGAGGCCCUGUAAGCAUUGGUAGCAUGGUCCAGGAAACAGUUAUGGAUAUUGGCAGGCCAACCCAAGAGAUCCCUGAAGAGAUCGGCCCGCCAUGCCAGGAAUUCUCUGUGGAGGUUGGCAUACUGGCUCAGGAAGUCCCUGCCAUCAUCAAGUUGUCUCAAGACAUUCCUGAGGCUGACAGACCAUCCCAAGAGCUCACUGAGGAGGCUGGUCUGCAGGCUCAGGAGGUCUCUGAGGAGACUGAUCAGGACUCCAGGGAGGAUCUCCCCCAAGGCCAGGGUCCAUUUAGUGAUGUAAACACUGAAAGUCAGUCUCGGGCCCAUGACCAGCACUCAUCCCUUCCUCCAGCAACGUGUAAUUAGUGGCUUUCCCACUGGUGUCGUCCUCCACCAGCCAUCUGAGCCAGUAGCCUUUCUGUUGGCUGACACACCAGCCAGAGCAAGCCUGGGCUCACAUCAGGGAUGUCUGAGGAAGCAGGUCUUCUGGCAUAAAACCUAUGCCUAAUGGGAGCUAAUCUAUGUUCAGAGCAGCUAUUAGCUCUUCACUAUCUGUGGGGUAGGAAAUUGUAGAUUGUUCAAGGAAAUGCCACUUAACUGUUGAUACUGUUGAGGGGACAGCAAAUGUACAAUAGAAGGCAAAAGGCUUUCUAUUUGUUGAAGGAAGUAUUCACAACUUCUUAAGGUACCCUCAGACCAUAUGUGCAUUCAAGGAAGCUCUUGUCUUCACUGUCACAGGCAGGCCCAGGGCAGCUGCCCGAAAUGUCUGCUGAAUAGAGUUGCCUUCUCGCAAACAUCUGUCAUGGCCACUCAUGGCUUAGAAUGGGCUCAUGGGUGUUUCUGUAUAAUUGCCAAGUGCUCCCUCUGCCCUAGUCCUGCUUCUCUGGACAGUGACUCCAGAGAAAAGUAGAUACUAGAUUGCCAUGCUCUGGGAGAUUUGGAUCAAUCUAUGAAGCUAGGCCUCCUUUUGUUGUGAGGCUGUUGGGUUUAGAAGAUGCUAUAGUAGAGAGAAUAAGUUCUAUUUUAAGCAGUUAGCAGAGAUCAAUGAUGUACAGACAUGAGCAAAGAUUUAAUAUAUAUAUAUAUAAACAUAUAUAUUUCUGUAGUUUGCCAGGGACAGACUGGCCAAAGAUCAAACACUCCAGGGUCCCCAAGACGUUUGUCCUUAUAUCAUGUGUCUUAGGACCAUAUAUGAUUAUGAAGCUUUUCCCAAAGAUUUAGGGGUGGGAGUGGGCGUGGAUAAUGCAGUCAUUGGAGUCAGGGGCCGGGACAUAACGAGUGCUCAAUAAAUAUGAGGUAAUGAGAACACGGGUGGUGACGCCUUUGUUAACUCGAUAAUCAGUAGGUAAGCCAGUUGUGUCUGUGACUGAAUCAAUCAAAAACUAUUGUAGUAGAGCAGGGAUUGGCCUUAAAAAUAGAGAAGUCUGGCAUCUGAGUCGCUAUAGGGUCAGUCUUCCUCCCCAAAUGUUUUUAAUGAGCAGAGUGCUGAGAAGUGUGACUGGAACAAGAUUUGAGCUCUAUGAAGUGGCAAAGGCCACUGCCUUCUCACCAGCUCCCGAGAAACAUGCCCUAAUGUCCCCUCCAGUGCCUUGGAGGGGAACUGACAUGAAGAGGUGAUGUCUGGUCUCUGCUCCAUUGGCAUCUUUACAUUGGGAAAGCUCAGGACACUGGGAGGACUAGAAUGUCCCUUUUCCAUAUAUACAUUUAUAACCUGACCACUCAUGACAUACCCAAGACUAUAGAGAGGGGUGGGGGUAGACAUAAAAGGCUCAGAGUUUUCUGGGGAAAUACAGUGAUUGUUUUUGACUCCAUAGAAUGCAGAUCCCAUUCCCUAAACCAAAUGUAUAUGCCCACAUUUUUAA